GGCCGCAGCCUGCAUCUGCCACCGCAGUCCGGCUGUAGUCGUGAGUCCUCCAGGACGCUAAGCGAGGCCUGGACACACCGGGAGGGAGACAGGCCAAGUCCGCAGCUCGAGCUACAGUUGCGCACAAACCCACCCGUCCCUGGUCCAAGGCAAGAAGAGCGGCCACGCCCGGGAACAGCGCGACGAGACGCACGGUUCGCCCUAUGCCCCCGCGCCCCCACCGCCUCCGCCGCGGCAGCCGGAGCGCACCGAGAGAACGCGCCAUCGCGGGGCCUGGGUGCAGCUAGCGACCCUUGCCCCCAGCGCGCAGCGGGAGGUGAGCAGUGAGCGGCGAGCGGGACGGCAGCGAGGCGUUUGCGGGCCCCCUCCUGCUGCCCGGGCCCGGCCCGCUCAUGGCGGCCAUCCGCAAGAAGCUGGUGGUGGUGGGCGACGGCGCGUGUGGCAAGACGUGCCUGCUGAUCGUGUUCAGUAAGGACGAGUUCCCCGAGGUGUACGUGCCCACCGUCUUCGAGAACUAUGUGGCCGACAUCGAGGUGGACGGCAAGCAGGUGGAGCUGGCGCUGUGGGAUACGGCGGGGCGCCCCCCCCUGCGGCCGCUCUCCUACCCGGACACCGACGUCAUCCUCAUGUGCUUCUCGGUGGACAGCCCGGACUCACUGGAGAACAUCCCCGAGAAGUGGGUGCCCGAGGUGAAGCACUUCUGUCCCAACGUGCCCAUCAUCCUGGUGGCCAACAAGAAAGACCUGCGCAGCGACGAGCACGUCCGCACAGAGCUGGCCCGCAUGAAGCAGGAACCGGUGCGCACGGACGACGGCCGCGCCAUGGCCGUGCGUAUCCAAGCCUACGACUACCUCGAGUGCUCCGCCAAGACCAAGGAGGGCGUGCGCGAGGUCUUUGAGACGGCCACGCGCGCCGCGCUGCAGAAGCGCUACGGCUCCCAGAACGGCUGCAUCAACUGCUGUAAGGUGCUCCCCCCCCGCCUGCCGCUGCCGGCGCGGCUCCCCCUCCUGGCCGUUCCCCCGCGUGCCGGCCGAAGGGGAGACCUGCGCUGCCCAGGGACCCCACCGAACUGCCUGGCAUCUGCUGGCGGCUCUGGUUCUGGCGCCGAGAGUCGGCGUGGGCACCGGGCGCCCCUUUCCCAGCGUCUGCGAGCGUCCAGCUGUGUUACACAGGCCGAAAGCCAAGGGUCCCCUGAGCAUCCUCCGAAGAGCCGGGCCUCAGGGUGUGAGGCUGUGUGUCUGCCCGACUCCCCCGCCCGGUUUUCACCCCGCCCCGUUCUCACUCCACCCCCAUCUCUGGUCCCCCAGGGCGAGCAUGGCUGGGACUGCGGCUGCGCCCCAUCAAAUGUUCACCCUUAA